AUGUUUGUAGGAGCUUCACGAUCUUUACGAUCCGAAUUGAAAGCGUUUAUUGCGGAUGCACGCAAUAACACGCUUUCAAAAUAUGGUCACCAGGCAUUAACAUGGCACUUCAUACCUGCAGCAGCCCCUCAUAUGGGCGGACUGUGGGAAGCAGGUGUGAAAAGCUUCAAAGCCCACUUCAAAAAGACAGCCUCUGGUCUGAAAUACACUUUUGAGGAGUUUAAUACCCUCUUAUGCCGAAUUGAGUCCUUUCUCAAUUCGCGACCCUUAAGUCCCCCUUCAAAUGAGCCAUCCGAUCUAGAGCCUCUCACACUUGGUCACUUUCUGGUUGGUGGACAUCUCUUAGCUCCGCCAGAAAUAGAAACCAGCGAGAAUCCUGCCUCAAUUGUGAAUCGGUGGCAGAAAUUGAAAGCCCUCUAUCAAACCUUUUGCAAACGAUGGAAAAGGGAAUUACUCAUCGAAUUGCAAAAAGGCACGAAGUGGAAACAUCAAAAACCUAACAUCAAGGCAGAAGAAACGGAAAAAUCCACACCUACACCCUCAACGUAA